AUGGGUAUUGACGUGAAGGAGACCGGUGCAACAAUAUGGAAAGUUUUUAGAUUCUCAAUGAACACAAGCAUCAAAUUCAUGAGAAACCACCCGGUCUCGUCAGGGGUUUUCAUGUUUUUACUUGCGCUAUACGUCAUCCUUCCUUCAUUGUUCUUCUUCUUGAUAUACUCGUCGCCGGUUCUUGCUUGUGGUGUAGUGUAUGCCCGAGAAAAGAUGGGAUUGAGUAUUCCAUCUUCAGGAUCAAAGAGUUGUGGAGGAGAAAAGGAUGGUGUUAGAUGUCACUUAAGACAACAAAGAAGUGUUAGACGAAACGCUAGAAUGCAAGUUGAAGAAUGGGACUCACAAACAAGCGAGGAAGAGAAGGACAAAGUUAUCUUGACCUCUCUUUACAAUGACCUUCUCGGUCGUAAACCACAUUUCGAGGAGUCUCCUAAAGCAAUAGAAACAGAAGUUGUAGAAGACAAUGAGAAGUCUGUUGGUGAGGAAGACUCGCAAAUGUCUUAUGUUAACGUUGAAGAACCAAUGGUUUGCAAUAGGGUCAAAGAAGAGAAAGAAGAGAUGAGGGAGGAGAUGAGCAAUUCUAAUGAACAUGGGGUUUCAGAGAUUGAUAGAGAUAGGAGACUAGAGAGUCUAAUAGCAAGAAGAAGAACAAAACGUCUCUUCAAACUAGCUCUUCAUCAACAUAAUAAGCAUCAAGCUGAGGAAACAGCUAGGUCUACACAUAACAACAACCUUCGUGUUAACAUUCCAGGGAAAAAUAACAACAACCCUUUUGAAAAACGUCGAAACUACUAUCCAUCAGAUGAUGAUAGUACUGUUAUGGGAUUACAAUUUCCAUCCUCAGCACCUUCUGUGAUGUUACAAGCUAGAAACCCUUUUGACAUUCCUUAUGAUCCUCAAGAGGAAAGACCUAUUCUUAGUGGAGACAGCUUUGAUCAAGAGUUUUCAUUUUUGGACCAUAAAGAUAUGUUCCUCUCUCGUCAUGAGAGUUUCUCUCGCUUUGAUCUUUUCUCUCCAGAACAUGCUCAGUGUAUCAACCGCCCAGCUUCAACUUCAGACAUCACAACUACUAAGAAACGUUUAGAUUUGGAGAAUGAAUAUGAACAAAAUACAAUAGAAGAUGACAAUAAAUGUGUUGAGAGUGGAAAGCUAGAAGUGAAUAAUGAGACAGAUUCAAACAAUGAAGAUGAUGAUGAUGAUUCAAGCUGUUCAGAAGAAAGUGAGUCAGAACACAACCGUUUCAACAAAGCAGAACUCAGAGAAGCUAUUAGCCACACCAUGGAUAACUAUCCUAGUUUUCUUGUGAAUCAAGCAAGAAAUAACAUCCCAAGCCCGUUACCUAGAGGCUUAGCACCGCCAAAAAUUGAUGAUAACAAUAUGUUUUAUGCUCGUAGACGCGAACAUUCGCACAGUAGAACAUUCUCCAUGGCCUCAGAUAUGCAAGUGGAGGUUUCAGAGAUUGGUUCACCUCCUACUAUGGUUGAUUGGCUUGAUGAAUGGUCUAAUGACGGGGAGUCCUAUAUUUAUGAUACUGAUAUUGAUAGAGAAGUCAUACGCGGUGAAGAAUCAUGCAAGAGUGUCUCUAGCCAAUGUGAAUCAAAAGAGGAUAAUAGUUGGCUAGAGACUAAACCAGUGGCAGAACACCUAAGAAUGACUGAUGAUAUGUAUACAAGAAGUCAAGCUGAAGAGAAUUUUGACCAGAAAUUUUCUAGUUUGAGUGAUGUUUCUAAGCCAACAAGAGGUUUGUUGUUCCAUACAAGCGUGUCAUUGUCGUCUAUAACAGAAGAACCUGAAACAAUCUUUGACUCGGUGGAUGGGGGAACCUCAGAGAAUAUGAACAUCUUGACUACAAAUUUAGCUGACCAGAUAUCUCCAGAUUCAUCUAGGAAGAAGUUUCUUGAUGAGGAAGUUAUUGAUGUGCAACCAUUAGAAAAUAAUGAUCUUUGUGGAUCUCCUAAGAUUGUGGCUUCAAAUAUCAUUGAUCACCAGCAGAAAGACCAAAUAUUGAAUAGUAUUCAAGGAGAGUAUGAUACAAAUCAGAUCCAUAUGAAGAAUGAGAACACAAAACCAAAGGAAUAUGAGGCAACUCAGAGCUUAUUGGAUGCUUCUUUGGACAUUCCCUAUAUAGAAUCAUUUGAAAGAGAGAUAAAUGAAAAAGAAGAAGAAGAUGAACAAGAGUUAGAUAAUUUUACGAAAGUAGUAACAAUACAAACAGAAGAUAAGGCACUUCAAGAUGACUUGAAGAGUUCUCCAUCCCAUGUUCUUACAAAACUACUAGAGAGUGAGGCCACGGUAGAGAACGGUCUGGAAUUAGGUAAAAGUACUGAUGCGUAUGCAAAGCCAAUAGAGCUUGAGAAAAGACAUGACGUCUUGGAAGCAUCUUCGAGCCAUUCUUCACAAUUACUUGAGGAUUACGGAAAUGCAGAAAAUGGUAGUGAUUUGUUUCUUCUACAAGUUCAAGACUCUUAUAACUCAGCAUUGGAUGAGUCAACUGAACAUCCACUCUCUAACGAAGUAGAAAGUUCACGAUUAUCGAAAGAUCUUUGUGGUGAAUCAGCCCAAGAAUUCAACAAUAUAACGAAUGUUGAGGAAGACUCAACAGUUUCAGAAGGGACUCAUAACUCACAAGGUUCACAACCAUGGACUCAACAGCACGGUACUGAUUCUUCUGAAGGAAUAUCAGCUACAACAUUAGAGAUCACCCAACAACCAGAGCAUAGUGAUGCUAUUUAUUCAAACACCGUCUCUCAAGAUACCACUGAUGAAGAUAUAUUUGCCAAGGACUCAACUGCUACUGAGAAGAAUGACGAAGAGAAACUAAAACCUGAUGAGCAAGUUAUAGAACAAGCUGUGGAAAAGGAAUUAGAGCUUGAUUUACAAUCAAUGCACCAUAACACUGGUUUAGUCUCUAAAGAAGAUGAUGAAGAAUCCAAGAAAGUGAAUGGGGCAGUGCACAAGGCCGAGACCACGACAGCAAAGACAGAAACAGAGACUUAGGGUUAGUCACGUAAUUCAUAUUGGACAUAGUUAUGAGG